AUGGCGCCGACGCCCUCGACGACGCCCGCGCGGCUUCCCGCCGCGAGAUGGCGCGCGCGCGCGCCGCCGCGACGCGGACGCGCGCCGCGCCGGUGGCUCCCUUCGCAGACGCCACCGCCGGUGCCGACGCCGUCGUCGAACGACGACGAGAAUAAGAUCCGAUGGUCGUUCGCGCCGAGGGCGUCGUCGUCGUCGUCGUCGUCGUCCGACGACGACGCCGCGCCCGCGGACGCGUCCGAGGACGACGCGCUGCGAGCGCGCGCGAUGGCGCUCCGCGCGAGGGCGAUCAAGGCGUACCUCGCGCUUAUGUCCGUCCCGAGCGCGAACUUGUUCGAGAAAGAAGAGCUCGCGAAGGCGCUCGCGGACGCGUGGAUCGAGAAGCGCUCGAAGACGGUGAACCUUCCGCUGCGACAGAUCGUCGGGAUGCCGGGGAACCCGCGCGCGGGGUACGUCGUCGUGACGCUCGACCUCCCAGCGCCCGCCGGGUUCGUGGACUUCCUCGUCGACAGCGGCGCGACGACGGCGAUCGUGUCGCCGCGGUUGCGCGAGAUGCUCGGCGCGUCGGCGACGGACGGCGCGGCCAUCCGCGGCCUCGGCGCCAUGGGCGAGACCGUCCGACAGAAAGUCACGAUCGACGGCGUCGGCGUCGGGAGCGCGCGGAUCGGCGCGCUCGACGCGGUCGUCACGGACCUCGACGCGAGCGGGCUCCCCGCCGUCGUCGGCGGGCUGCUGGGCCUGGAGUUUCUGUCCAAGGCGCGUUCUGAUUCACACUGGUUCCCGUACGACCGCGUUCGCGUGGUGAACGCCGAUCCUUAA